AUGUCAUCUGCUACCACUUUCUACGACUUCGAGCCUGUCGACAAAAAGGGCAAGCCCUUCCCCCUUACCGACCUAAAAGGCAAAGUCGUGCUCGUCGUCAACACCGCCUCGAAGUGCGGUUUUACCCCGCAAUUCAAGGGUUUGGAGACCCUCUACCAGGAGCUUAAGGCGCAGUAUCCGGAGGACUUCACCAUCCUGGGCUUCCCCUGCAACCAGUUCGGCAGCCAGGACCCGGGCUCCAACGACGAAAUCCAGAGUUUCUGCCAGCUCAACUACGGCGUCACCUUUCCCGUGCUGGGCAAGCUGGACGUCAACGGCGACAAGGCCCACCCCGUGUGGACGUGGAUGAAGCAGGAGCAGCCGGGCCUGCUGGGCCUGAAGCGCAUCAAGUGGAACUUUGAGAAGUUCUUGAUCUCGGCGGAUGGCAAGGUUGUCGGCCGCUGGGCGAGUCUGACCAAGCCCGAGUCGCUGAAGGAGCCGAUCGUGCAGGAGAUUGAGAAGGCGAGGAAGGAUGGGAAGCUGGCCUCGCAGACCAAGGGUGCUGCUGCUACUGAGGAGGCCCCUACUGCUACUGCGGCCGCGGCGGCUCCCACCCCUGCUGAGGCUUAG